AUGCCUACAAAUUUCUCAGCAGGGUGGGCCCGAUUCAUUCCUAUGAUCGGAUACCACCACGUGCUGAUGAUCAUUAUCGCAGUCGCAAUCAUUUUGCUCUCACUGCUUUUGGCCGGAUGCUCUUCAUCGUCUCCACAAAUCCCUAGCAUCUUCUUAAUCUCGCUCUACUACAAAAGCUACGCACCCAACUUCGAUUUGUCACAGGUUGACCCAAGUGUCGUGUCCCCCAUAGCAACCAUUGUCGGUAAUGCCGAGCUAGAGGUGCGUGUUGGAUACUUUGGUAUCUGUGUUCAGCCUGACAACGGAGCGUUCAUUUGUAACAACAAUGCCACUGCAUUGGCUGAAGUUGUGAAUGCCGAUCAAGAUCCACUUAAUCUGAUUUGGAUCGCAUCGACAUUCAAGGACGCAGUUGUGUUCCCGUAUCUCCUCAUUGUGGCCGUUAUUCUCGCUUUCUUCUGCUUUAUCCUCCUCGCGACAUUCCCCGGCUGGCACGAGGAACGUGACGACAGCGGUUCGGACGUUGAAGUUAAGCCGUUUCCCUCGCGACCUGUCUCCCAAGCUGCACUUGCUCUCAUCUUCGUGUCUUCGGUGUUUGUUCUAGUCUCUGUAUUAUGGCAGCACACGGCUUCAGUCGCAGCAACCACAAUCGCUCAAGAUAUGGGCAAUGGCAGCGUCAAGAGCGGGGUUGGCACUUCAGCCAUGGUGUUAGGUUGGUUUGGCUUUGUCCUUUUAGUCUGUGUGACAAUCGGUCUACUCGUCAUGAUCCUCAGCAUCCGUAUGAUGAGGAAAUUAACAGAUGAAGAGUAA